GUAAAGUACCGUGACAUAAUGGCCCCGAAAAUAUUAAUCAUUGGUGCUGGUGCUGCCGGCAUUGCAGCUGCCACACGUUUGCACGAGACAGGCUACCGAAAUUUCAUAAUUUUAGAAGCAGAAAAUCGGAUUGGUGGCAGAAUACACACCGUUCCGUACGGAGAAAAUGUUCUGGAUUAUGGAGCUCAAUGGGUUCACUCAAAUAUUGACAAUAUUGUUUAUGAUAUGGCUGCCGAGUACAAUUUGGUCGAAAAGGAAUCCUAUCGUGAAAAUGGAUUAUUCAUAAAAUCAAAUGGAGAAGAGGUUCCGGAGAAUCAAGCAAAUGAAAUCAUGGACUUAUUAACAAAUUCGAUUGCGGAUGAAGAACGAUUGAAGGCAUAUUCCGGAUCAUUGGGCGACUUCUAUUCAGAAUUUUUUCAGGAAGCGUUGCAAACUGGUAAACUCGGCCACAUCGACACCGAGACGUGCUAUCAAAUGUUCGAUUUCUUUCGAAAAUAUCACAAUACAUUCAACGCUGUUGAUAGCCUGUAUGAGGUAUCUGCCCCCGGAUUGCUAGAGUUUACAGAUAAUCAAGAUGAAUAUCUUAUCAACUGGAAAAGUCGUGGUUUUAAAACCAUACUUGAUAUAUUGAUGAAACGCCUCCCGGAACAAAAGGCUGUGCCCAUUCCGCUUGAAAAUUUUAUCUCGUUCAACAAGACUGUUGUCAACGUCAAUUAUCCGUCAAAUCCUGAUGUUCCGGUUCGUGUCACGUGCUCGGAUGGUAGCUUGUUUUUGGCGGAUCACGUGCUUAUUACCGUUUCCUUAGGAGUUUUAAAGGAAAUCCAUCACACAAUGUUUACUCCAAAACUACCGUUAACAAAGAUAAAUGCGAUCGAGGGUCUCUAUAUUGGUACUAUUGAUAAAAUGGUGCUCGAAUUCGAGAGUCCUUUCUGGCCUGUCGAUUGGCAUGGUUUUGGUAUUCUAUGGAGAAAACAAGACUUGGACGAACUACGAAAUACGGAUUUGAAAUGGGUCGAAGGUAUUUGUAGCUUUUUUGUGACGGCACAUCAACCGAAUCUUCUAGUAGGAUGGAUUUAUGGAAAAGAUGCUAGAACAAUGGAGGCUUUACCAGAGAAUGAAGCUGUUCAAGGGUUACUAUUCGUGCUUCGAAAGUUUUUGAAAAAGUAUUGUGUGCCAGAGCCGAAGACUUUUUCUCGUACCACUUGGUACAGUAACAAAAAUUUUCGAGGAGCAUAUUCCAGCCGAUCCGUUAUGUCGGAUAUCCUAGAUGCUAAAGCCUCGGAUCUGGCCUUACCUUUGGUCAACUAUCUUGGCAAACCAGUUGUACAGUUUGCAGGAGAGGCCACCCAUCCGCAUUAUUUUUCCACGGUCCAAGGAGCUAUAAGCAGUGGUUGGAGGGAGGCAGAUCGACUUAUUGAACUGUAUACGAAGAAGACAAUGAAUAUGCAUUUCAGCAAACUAUAAAGUAGCAACUAGAGUGAUAUGAUUAUAGUAAUGUUAUGCACUUCUUAUUGAAAAUAUGGAACAAGAAAAACCUUUUUUCGGUGGACCAGUAAGUUAUAAUAGAAAAACGUAUUAUUAACGUAGCAAAUAAUGUA